GUACAGACGUGAACCAUCGUGAUUUCACAACACUGAAAGCUUUUGCAACCUCGGCAAGGGGACACUGGAUAUCAAUUUGAUCAACCAGUUUUGCCGCCCAAUUCUCCAAUAUGCAUGCUUUUCGUCGCACCGCUCUGAGGUCCGUCCUCUCGGUCUCCAGGCCGCUCUCGGCCAAGACUCGCACCUUUCCUUUCGCCGCCGGAGUUUUCAAGAGCUUCAGUGGCUCGUUACCCAGGUUGCUGCCGACCUCACGCUUGUUUUCGCACACCGGACGCCUUGCCGACUCGCAGGCGGACAAGACUGCCUCCGCCGAGGCUGCGCAGGACGUUGUGGAGUCUCUUGCUCAAAGCGAAGCAGAUAUCCAAGAGGCCGUACAAGAGGUGGCCCCUGCCGAAUCCCAACAAGUUGAGAGACCGAGGCGACAUAAAGGAAAGUAUGGCGCCUUCAUUCGUAACAUUGUCUUCGAAGUGACGGAGGAACAUCUGCAGCAAGCGUUCGAGAAGUACGGCAACGUUGUUAGCGCGUACAUUGCCCGGGACCCUCGUGGUCUAAGCAAAGGAUAUGGUUUCGUCGAGUUCGAUUCCGAGGAGGCCCUUCAGCAAGCUUGCGACGCCGUUAACGGGUCCUUCUGGCAUGGGCGUCGCAUUACGUGCGUUCCGCGGCAAGAAGAGCCCGUCAAAGUGAGGACGGAGAGACAGCCCAUGUCAACGCCGACGGCGCAGCUCUUCAUUGGCAACAUCCCCUUUGAGACGACGGAUGCCGAACUGAAUCGGCUUUUCAAAGACAUCGCCAAUUGUACUGAUAUACGGGUGGCGGUAGACCGCGCCACCGGUUGGCCGCGGGGCUUUGCACACGCGGACUUCACCACCGUUGAGGCAGCUCAGGAGGCGUAUAAGCGGUUGCAAGGACUUGUGAUCGGCAAUAGGGAGCUACGAGUUGACUAUGCUACGGGCUAUAUAAGAAGAAAGGGCCAGGGGGGGAAUCAGCAGAGUGGAGGAACCGCUUUUAGGGUCAUAACGGAUCCGAAAGAAGGAACGGAGUGAAGCUGUGAUUGGAGAGAGCCUAAGAGGGUAAUAGAAGAAGGCAAUGUACGAUGGGAAUUGUAAGAUCUUGUGUGUAGAAAAGAUUUCGAUGACUCGGAUCCGCUCCAACGAAGUUUGCCAAGGGCCGCGGCAUAAUUGUAUACCUACCGCGUAUCAAACCUCACGAUAUAGAGUUCAGUCCCAGUACAGUACCUAU